UGGUGCUGUGAGGUGGAUCUCUGCGCUGCGUGCUGCUCUGCGCGUGGCCGUCUAGUUCUGUCUGAGGCGCGUGAAUGCACGAGUAUACAAGGCAUUAUCUUCAUUUCCAGUUUCAUCGGCAAUUUACAGAAUGCGGAGGUGAAAACGGACGGUCUCGCCGAUCGAGGUACAAAUCCUUGACGGUAUACACUGGUAUCACACCAGUUAGUAUUAUUUUUAUUAUCUGAAAGCUGUUCCUGGGCGAAAAUCACGCAUGCAUUCAAACAGAGGAUUAUCGCGGAGGAACUGCCUUGAAACCAUGAGCUGCAGUUGGGGGACGGAGCUGUGGGAUCAGUUUGAUAAUCUAGAGAAACACACUCAGUGGGGCAUUGAGUUUUUGGAGCGCUACACCAAGUUUGUGAAGGAACGGUCUGAAAUCGAACUGAGCUAUGCCAAACAGAUCAGGAAUCUGUCCAAGAAGUAUCAGCUGAAGAAGAACUCCAAAGACGAGGAGGAAUACAAGUACACGUCAUGUAGAGCAUUUCUGAUGACCUUAAAUGAGCUGAACGACUACGCGGGUCAACAUGAGGUCAUCGCCGAAAACCUGUCCUCUCAGAUAAUCGCCGAAUUGACCCGCUACACUCAAGAACUGAAGACUGAACGGAAAUCGCAUUUCCAUGAUGGCCGCAGGGCGCAACAGCACAUUGAGAAUUCCUGGAAGCAGCUGGAAUCGAGUAAAAGAAGAUUUGAAAGAGACUGUAAGGAAGCGGAUCGCGCCCAGCAUUACUUCGACAAGGUGGAUGCCGACAUUAACGUGACUAAAGCAGAUGUGGAAAAGCGGUGUUCUCUCAAGGCGAAACAGCAAGCUCAGAUGAGGCAUCAGGUAGCCGAAGACAGUAAAAACGAGUACCUGACAUACCUGCAGAAGUUCAACAAGGACCAACACGAGCACUACUACACCCUCAUACCACAUAUCUUUCAAAGGAUACAGGAGAUGGAGGAGAGGCGGGUGGGCAGGGUGAGGGAGAGCAUGCGGGUGUACACUGAGGUCGAGCGCAAAGUAUUACCCAUCGUCAGCAAGUGUCUGGACGGCAUGACCAAGGCAGCUGAAUCCAUCGAACCUAAAAUGGACAGUAAGCAAGUUGUAGAAUCAUACAAGUCUGGCUUUGAGCCGCCGGGUGACGUGGAGUUUGAGGACUACAGUGUGUCAAUGAAGAGGGCAGUGUCAGAAUCAAGCUUCCUGAAUGCUCGCGGAGAGAGCAGACGCCGGAGCAGGAGCAAACUGUGGCCUUUACUCAAGAGAAAUAAGCUUAUGUCUUUGUUAGCGUCGCCCCGCCAGCCCCCUCCCCCUCCCCCCACCUCCCCGUCUCCGGACGGCCUCCUCAACGGCCCCCAGUCCCCACAGCAGCCCAAGGAGCCCCUGAGCCAGCGCCUCAAUGACUUCAUGAGCACCAAACACAAAAUGCACUGCCUGCGGAGCUUGAAACGUGGGCUUUCUCUAAAGCUGGGAACAGGCCAGGAGGACUACAGUCAUCUGCCUCCUGAGCAGAGGAGGAAGAAACUACAAGCCAAGCUCAAUGACAUCAACAAGGACAUCCAGAAAGAGAUGGAUCAGAGGGACGCCCUGACUAAAAUGAAAGACGUCUACAUUAAGAAUCCUCACUUGGGGGAUCCAGACAGUAUAGAUCCACGGUUAGAAGAAAUCACACAAAGCUUGGAAAAAUUGCAACUUGAGUCACAGAAAUUUGAGGGCUGGCUGACGGAGGUGGAGAGGAAGUUACUUGAAAAGGGAUCGGAGUCUCAGAGAAGACAGAGCAGUCAUUUUGACUCGCAGGGCAACACGCCUCUUACAAACAACUACGGUCAAAACCGAGAGAGUCCGGAUGGCAGCUACACGGAAGACCCCAGCACAGAGACGACGAUGCAGUUCAAAUCACGCAGUACUGAGUUUGAUGACGAAUUUGAUGACGAGGAACCUUUACCCACUAUUGGAACAUGCAAAGCACUUUAUCCAUUUGAAGGUCAGAACGAAGGAACCAUAUCCAUGGCCGAGGGUGAGAUGCUGUAUGUAAUCGAGGAGGAUAAGGGUGACGGAUGGACCCGUGUCCGCAAAAACGAGGACGAGGAGGGAUACGUGCCCACAUCCUACAUCAAACUCUUUUUGGACACGAAUGCCAAAGAUCCCUAAAAGUGUUUGGCUGGCACAGGAGUGGCAGGGCAAGCGUCCUUGCGUGAAACGUCCUCCUCUUGUAACUGUAGUCAGAGAUGUGGGACAAUGUGGGACUAACUGAAAGGAUAUUCCAUUUUUAACGCAACCACUUUCACUGAACCCUCUCGUCUGCCAUAAUAAUGCAAACCGAUCUUUUUCAUGACUAGCGUGCUGAUUAUUUGCUAAAGCUUGCUUCUCGUAUGGACCUAGAAUAUUUAGCCUUGUGCCGUAGCUGCUUGCCGUCAGAGCAGAGCCUUUAGGUUUGUUUGCAGAGGCACAGAGUAAGUGCCGUGUACAUGUCUUGUUAUUGCCUGGCUUGCUUCAGAGCCGAGAGGAGCUUUCUCAUGAAGACAUUAGACUUAAUGAAUAUUUGUCAGUGCAGACUGUUCAGUUGUGUGAAAACUAUAAAAAUGUGGGGGAUAAAUGGGACUCAUUUUUUUACAUUAUAGGCAUAGCAUUGUUUUUUGUUUUGUUUUGUUUUUUUUUUGUUUUUUUUUUCCGGUUAUUACAGUGUUUGCAAGGCGGCACUGUAUUUAUAUCCUUCUUUUUUCUUCUGCCACAAUUUUGUGCAGUUAAUUCAGUUGAAUUAUAAGAAAAGUGUUAUAAGAAAUUUAAGAUUAAGACCCCUUAAAAUGGAAAUUUUCUUACAUAUGAUGUUGAUGACUGUGAUGACUAUUGAAAUCAAAAGGUUUGGGGUCAGUAAGAAUAUAUAUAUAUAAUUUUUUUUGGAAAGAAAUAAGUACUUCUGUAUUUAGCAAGCAUUCUUUAAAUUAAUCAAAAGUGACAGUAAAGAUAUAAUGUUACAAAUGAUUUCUAUUUCAAAUAAAUACUGUUCUUUUGAACUUUCUAUUCAAAGAAUCCUGAAAAAGAUUACAAUUUCAACACUGAUAAUAAGAAAUAUUUCUUGAGCAGCAAAUCAGCAUAUUAGAAUGAUUUCUGAAGGAUCAUGUGACGUUGUUUUUUUGUCAAAUAAUGCAGCCUUGGUGAGCAUAAGAGAUUUAUCUCAAAAACAUCUUACUGACCCCAAACAUUAGGGGUCUUUAAACCGACUUAUGAUAGAAUGUUUUUUCAAAUUUAAAGGGGUCAUGACAUGGAUUUUUUUUUUUUAUUAUUUUAAUAUGUUACUUAAGGUUUACUUACUGUAUAUUGAUAAAGUUUUUUGCACAGAAAACAAAUAUAUAUGCAAAAAAAAUAUUAUUUUCAACCUUCAUUCUGACUCUGUCUGAAAUGAUCUGUUUUUAAGGGGCGGCUCCUUUAAGGCUUGUCAGGAAACGGCCACUGUUAUGAUUGGCUAACGUCAUUGCAUAGGAAACCGUAUCAACAGCCACUCACUAUUGCAUGUCAUUGUUUUGAAAACAUCCAUAUAAAACCAUCAUUUACAUUUGCUUUUGACAUGACGCAACGCUCAUAUCCAGUGUAAGCAAAUGUCAGCCGUUAAGUGACUGAAUGCCAGUGGGCGGGGCAAAAUACUUUGUUUAAAAUGAGGAGGACGUUUUAAGCUAUGAAACUUGCAGGAUGUUUUAAUAGUACAAAGACUUCUUACAUGUCAAAACAUCAAGGUUUGAUUUCUCAUGUCAUGACCCCUUUAACAGACCGUGAAUGUCAUUGUAAUAUAUGCAUACUGAAUUGUUUCUUUUCUAGCUGUAUUAUUAUCAAUCUCUCUCUGUUUGUAACUUCAAGCUAUCAUUUUAGCCUAACACUGUUGUUUUGCUGCCUUGCAAGCACUGGUGUUUCCAUCAGGAAAUGAGAAUAUGAUUGUUAUUAUUAUUAUUAUUAUUAUGAAUGCAUAAUCAUCCCCUACAUUUUGUGUGAGGUGCUGUUGUAGAUGAAUAGUUCUCUAUGGCAGGUGAAGUGGUAAGCAUCUUUUCUGGUUCUUUACUCUUUCCUCCCAGAGAAGAAAGAAGUGUCACCUCACUCACUCACUCACUCAUUCACACUUUCUUCCUGCGAUGUGUGCACACACACGCCACAGCUGCUCCCUUCUUUCUCUCGCUCUCUUUCUCACCUCCUCUUCUGUUUCUCUCACUGUUGCUGUCUCAAACUCUCUCUGUUUCGCCUCCUCUUUGUCUUUGUUCUUUUCAUAUUUUUCUACAUCUGUAGCCCUGUAUUGAUGGGCUAGUUUUACCGGAGGUGGUCUGGUCAGGUAAAUUAGUGUUUCACAGAUUUUUUUAAUUCCGUCCGAAUCAAACGCUACCAUAAUAAAGAGCAAAUUGCCUAUGUUUAUCGGCUAACUUGGGAAGUCUAAUUUCAUCUGGUCUGCAAUUUACGGUAUAUUAUUGUUUCACAAUUACCCCAACCAAAGGCCCGUUCACACCAAGAACAACAGCUAUAAAGAUAACUAUAACAAUAACUACAUUGGAGUCCACACCAACAAUAUCUUUUUGUUUAAUCUAAGCGUGCUGCAGUUUUGUCAUCUGCCGCUUUAAAUGCUCUGAAAGUGAUUCCAACGAUAUCGUUCCUCUGUCUCCGUUAUUAUCGUUAUGAUUGUGGUGUGGACUCUGCUAUUUUUUUAUAUUUUGAACGAUUUUUAGAACUAUCUUUAUUGUUAUAUAGUUAUCGUCCUUGGUGUGAACAGGCCUUAAGGCUAAAUGUCUCAUUGCACUGCCUGGUAGACCUUUAUUAAUAAUUUAGUAUUUUUGCCUAGUUUCUAGGUAAAUGGUUAGUUAGCCGAUUCAAGAUAGUUGAUACUAAUCCUGGAGUAAGAAAAAAAUCACAAAUACUCUGACUUAAAAAAAGAAGCCACUGAUAAUCUGAAAAAAAUGUAGGAUUUACUGUGAAACUAUUUUAACUCAGAAAUCGCUAGUAAAUUUCACAAAUAAUUACAAAGAAAUGGCAAGUAACAGAAUUAAAUGUGUCAUUUUGAAAUAGAAAGACUGAGGGGGUGUUUAUUUGACACCAUUUUCAACAAAAAACGGAAAACGUUUUAUGCAUUUUGACUGUUCAUUUACACGACAAUGGCAUUUUGGGGGCCUGAAAAUGGGUUUCAAAGUGCAAGUUUUUGAAAACGAUACCAUUAUCGUCUCUGUGUAAACUACAGAACCGCAAAGUUGUAAAAACAGUGAUGUCAUGCACAUGCUUACGCAUUCAGUCUAUAGGGGAGUGGUGUUUCUUUACAAAGUGACCUCACCAACUACUGGCCUGACAUGCAUAAUACAGUGUUUUUAGUCGUUUUCAGAGAUCCGCGUGAACGGUGUUUGUUUUGACAACAUUGCGUUUUUGAAAAGUUUCACAUACAGACAACAAAGGAAAAACUUUUCCAUUUUUAGUUCAUCGUUUUCAUGUAAACACGCAAAAAAAGUAUUUUCUUGUUAAACGUACUCCAGUAAUCUUUGUUUUAUUUCGAAAAACUGGUCUGAAAUGCUGGCAACACAGGCAAAUGUAUAAAAAAAAAAAGUCUCACUGUUCUAUAUUGGAAUGUCACUCAGCCAAUCAGAUUAGAGGACUGGAACUAACUUUUACAUAAAUAAUUGGAUUCCAUCUGAAUCAGUACAUGAAAUCCCAGAUGUCCUCUAUUAAUAAUUGUAACUUUAAUUGGCAUUAAGAAAAGUGAUCAGCCUCUUUUUCGCUCUUCUUCUGCUCUUUUCCUUCCAUUCUCUCUCUCUCUCUCUCUCUCUCUCUCUCUCUCUCUGUCAGCGCAGUGGAUGUGGCUGUGUAUGGUGUAGCUGUAGUGGUGCAGUCCAGUAGAUGUUGAUGGUGGUCCUCAGCUGGUGCUAUGUUUCGACGCAUGCAUGCUUGCCCUGUCUCUGUGUGUGUGCCAGUCUUAGGGGGUCCAAGUCUCCAUAAAGUUCAAGCCUUCGACUUAUGACGGUUGAACUUAAGCUUUUUGAAUUGUGUUUGUGCCUGUUUUUUUUCUUCUCUACUUUAUCUUGAGUGUUUUAUUUCUUUUGGAAAAGAAAUGCAUGGUCUUGUCUCUACACAUCCCCCUAAGUUAUUCUUUUGAAUUGUUUACACCGUUUUAGAUUCUUUUUUGAGUCUCUCUGAAUGAUUGAUAUCCAGGGUCCAAGAUUAACAGUCACCAAGCGCCACAUGCAUGUAAAAACUGGCUUUGGUGAGUAAAUGUUAUUUGCUAGUUGGCUGGUAACUACGAAGAAUAAUAAAUGGUUAAGUCGAUAAAACUUGCUGGUUUUAUCUGAUUAAAGUGAAUCAAAUGUGAUUCAAAGACAUAUAAUUAAUAAGAUUUCUAGUGUUAUAUUUCUUGCACCAAAACAAAAUCACAACGGGUCUUUGUUUUUUUACACAACGACCUGCACUUUCUUCUGCCGAUAUAAAACGGAAGAAAAAAGCUUAAUAAUACCAUUGUCAUAGGAACCAAUGUGUUUUGAAUAAAAUAUUACAAAAUAUGAGAAAUAUUUCUGGCUGGUUUUUGUUAAUUUUGGACCCUGUCAAUAUCAUUCUGAUUUCAUUUUUGAUGUUAAACGCAAGUAUUUACCUCAUUCAGAAUAGAUUUGGGCUGCUCUUCAAUAAUAGGUUCUGAACAUGACGAAUACUGUCAUAUCCAUUCAUGAAGAAACACUACUGCAGAGCUGAAAUGUCUGUGUUUUUCUGUAUAUUGUGCUUUUGAACUUGCUGGAUCCCUUCCUUCGAAGACCUCAUAAACAUAAAACUGCCAAAUAAAGUGUGAAAGGCUUGUGAAUUUUUUGCAAAUGCUAACCAGUAUAGUAGACAAUGAGUUGAGUUUUAUUUCAGUUAUCAAAUCAUUCAUAUUGUAAAAGUCAAAAUUGUAUGUCUGUCGAACUGGGCAGUUUUUAUGUAGAAGUUUAACAAAUUAAAGGUCAUUUUAAAAUGUU